AUGACGACACAAACCCCCUCCCUAGGACUCCCUCCUAACGUGAUAAUCUUCAACCCAAAAUCACCCUCAUCAGUCGACGCCCUUCUCAAUGCCGGCAUCUUCACACGCCUCGUCGCCAGCUCAUCCUGCACGCCAGCAAAACUAGCAGCUAUCAAGAAAUUCCCCGGAGUAAAGGAAGAUUUCUGUCUUAUCCACCGCAACGCUGUUCUCAUCUUUGACGCAGCCGAUGAUGAGGAUUUGCACCAUGAACAUUUUAGGGUGAUUUGUCUUGCGCUCAAAGAGCAUGAUAUUGGGCUUGAUGUUGCGGGGUGUAUACAUGACGCGACUGAUGCGCUUGCAGCGGGGUUUCAGCUCGAUAAGUUGAAUGAUAAAGCGGCUUUGGUCAUUGAUCUUGUUGUGGAGGAGGAUAGUGAUGAGGAUUCGGAUGCCUGA